AUGAACAAGGCGUGUAUCUCCAAACUUGGUUGGAAGCUCCAAAAUAAUAAUGGGGAGUUUUGGUGUGAUGUUAUUUGGGGUAAGUACGAUCAAAAUGAUAACAUAGGAGAUACUUCGAUAAAGCCGAUGGACUUAAGCCUUUGGAAAAGUAUUGCUAAAGUUUGGCCGGAUAUUAAUAAAUACAGUAUGUGGAGUGUUGGAAAUGGAAAGGAUGUGGAUGCAUGGAAUGAUUUUUGGAUUAAUCUGAACGUUUGCAUAUCUGGCCUUCAAAUUGAUAUCCCCAUGCACAUGCAGGAUGCUAAAGUUGCCGAUAUUGCUAACGAAGAUGUUGGUUGGAAUUGGGAGGAACUGAGUCAUUAG